AUGGGAAGCAGCAGCAGACGGUGGACUGUAAGAUUAUUUCUUCUGGUGUGCAUUGUUGGACUGUCAUCCGUAAGAGGCCGACCUUUUAAAUCUGGCGAAUCAUCUUUACAUCUCGACAGGGACGAGACUGGAGAACUUCAUCAAGCAUUCCCUGUCGUCGAACCUGAUGUCGUUCAUACCAAGCUUGCUGUGGCGAAGAAGGGACUGGAAGUCAUAUCUCGCAUCACGAAUCCAGUCGCGGUGGUGGCUGUAAUCGGCCCUUACCGCUCGGGCAAGUCCUUCCUCCUGAAUCAGCUCCUGACUCUAUCUUGCAAUGAAGGUUUCGGUGUUGGACACAUGCGCGACACCAAGACUAGAGGUAUAUGGGUUUGGGGUGAACCUCUGGAGAUGGAAAUCGACGGGCAGACGACCUCUGUUUUGUUUCUGGACACUGAGGGCUUCGAGAGCAUCGGCAAGUCGACUGUCUACGAUGACAGAAUCUUCGCGCUGGCAGCGAUUAUGAGCUCUGUUCUCAUCUACAACCUGCCUGAAACUGUCCGUGAGGCUGACAUAGGAAAGCUCUCCUUCGCUGUACAGCUAGCAGAAGAAUUUUAUGGACGGUAUGGACGAGAAAGUGCUUUGCAACCUGCGAAACUAGUUUGGUUGAUUCAGCGGGACUUUCUGGAGGGAAAGAGUGUCCAGCAGAUGGUAGACCAAGCACUCCAGCCCGUCCCCAAUGUUGGUGGAAAUAGGGAGAUUGACGAGGUGAAUCGUAUAAGGGAAUCACUGGCUAUGAUGGCGGAAAAUAGUACUGCCUUCAGUCUGCGACAGCCUCAUCUUGCACGCACAAAACUGUGUGACCUGAAUGAUACAGAUUUCGAUUCCGAGUAUGUAGUACAACGGAAUCGCCUGAAGAGCGUUAUAGCUUCUAUGAUCAGCCCGAAAAAGGUGCAGGGCAAGCUCAUCAAUGGCAAGGAGUUCGCUGCUCUUCUCGAACAGGUUCUGGAUGCGCUCAAUCAAGGAGAAAUUCCCUCGGCCGGCUCUGUUGUUGAUUCUUUUAACCGCGGAGUGAUGGACAGAUGCUUGCUAAUUUACGAAACUUUCAUGAACAAGGUCAAGCUGCCGCUGCCAGACGUUCACCUGGAUGAUUUUCACACGGGAGCCACAGAUAUGGCACUGUCCGCGUUCGAAAAAGACCGAUUUGGCCGAUUUCAUGGAGACAAGGCGGAAGUGGCCCUGAAAGCCGAGCUUGAGAAGACUUAUGCGUCCCUGGUUCUGAAAAACCAGUACCUCUCCUCUCAGCAAUGCGAAGAUAUUUAUAAUCAGUGUGAGGAGUCGAUGGACAGUCUUCAAACUUUGAGGCUUCCCUCCAUGGCCAAGUUUGAAGCCGGAGUCGCAGCUUGCAACCGAAGCUAUGAAGUUUCUUGUUUGGGACCUUCGAAGAAACUCUUCAAGCAAAGGUUGGAUAAGAUGUGGUCAAGAUCACGAACGCAAUUUCUGAAUGACUACAACCAUCGCCUCUUUAACUGGAUCGUGGGCUUUUCACUGGUAAUGGUGGUGGUCGCACGUUUCUGCUUCAAGUUCUACCCUCUCGAGAUCGCUGCAUGGGCUCUUUUCGUCAUGUUGGAGGCCUACACGCAUCUCUUCUGGUCUGCAGAGUCGCUCUACUACAAUCCUACUUGGCAAGUGGUGGUCGGAGUCUGGGAGACCUUGGUGUACAAUCCUGUCAUAGAUCUAGACAGAUGGGCCGUGCCACUAGCAUGGUUUGCAGCAGCUAGCUUUGUCUAUUGCAGAUAUCAAAGAAGAAGAAAACAUCCCCCUAUCCCUCUUCUGCCCAGCCAAGAUGGUCCUCGCCCAUCCAGGUUUCGUCGUCUAUUAUAG